CGCCAUUUUCUCCGGCAGCAGUGUUUUUGCCAGGGGUCGAAGAGGACGCCGCGAAAAUGACCAGCCUUCUUUUCCCGCGGACGGCUGUGGCAUCCACUCAAGUGGUACCCUGUCUUAUUCGACCAGUGAUUCCUGUGGUUGCACAGAAAUCAGACAAAAUUAAGAUAGAUCCUCCUGUGCAGCCUAAAUCAAACUACAGUUUGUCAGUUCGUCUGCUUAAAGGAAAAACACUUGCCUCAACUGGCUUGGCUUCUCAUCCACAGGUGCGCCUUGCCCACACAGACAUCCAGAUUCCAGACUUCUCAAAUUACAGACGACAGCGUUCUCCCCAAGAGAGCAAAGAUGAGAACAUUGAAAAGGGGAAAAUGUUCACUUACCUAAUGGUGGGAGCUGGCUGUACUGCAGGCGUUUACUCUGCCAAAUCUCUCGUUACCACGUUCCUCUCCAGUAUGAGUGCCUCGGCAGAUGUCCUUGCCCUAGCCAAAAUUGAAAUCAAGCUUGCAGACAUACCUGAAGGCAAGAAUGCCACAUUCAAAUGGAGAGGGAAACCCCUGUUUGUGAGGCACAGGUCAGCAGAAGAAAUCAGCACGGAGCAGUCGGUGGACAUAAACUCCCUCCGAGACCCUCAGCACGACAGUGACAGAGUCCAGAAGGAUGAGUGGCUGGUGCUUCUAGGUGUAUGCACACAUUUAGGUUGUGUGCCAAUUGCCAAUUCUGGGGAGUUUGGUGGUUAUUACUGCCCGUGUCAUGGGUCUCACUAUGACGCCUCAGGCCGGAUAAGGAAAGGGCCAGCUCCGCUUAACUUAGAAGUACCAGAAUACGAGUUCCCAGAUGAGGAGACGCUUAUUGUCGGUUGAUCCAGUUGCUUUUAGGAACUUAAAACAUUGUAUCUCUCAUUCUUCAGAUGUCAGGAGGAAUUUCGUAUGCAGAUAUUUUUAUCUUCAGGUUUGAAUUUCUGCAUCAGAUACUUUUCGGUUUAUAUUUGAAAUGGCGAUAAAUUUCCCAGUUGCCGACAUAAGAAUUCAAAGAACCUUAAACAUGCUGUUUUGUACUUUGACACGGCCUAUCAACCAUGCGACCGAUAAUUGUGUCUAAGUUUGGAACAUUAAAAUGAUCACAGGAUGCCCUGUAGUGUAAUUUUUCUGUAUGUCUCAUGCCAGCAGAUUCAUUGUACAGAAAUUAUUAUUUGGUGUGUUAAUCAACAACUUUAGAGUGGCCUCUGUAUUAUAGGUGUGAAUAUAAAAGCCAUGUACUGUUUUA